AUGCGAGGCGAUCCAGUUGUCUCCCAACGGCUGCAGCGAGCUGCUGAGCAACUCCAAGCGGCGAUUCGAAGCGCCAGGAAGAGACGACAGUCAGUGGGGGAAUUGGGGGAGAGUCUCAGCGGGAAAGCAUGGCAACUGCCACCGACAGUGCUACAAACACCGGAGAGGGACGUGUACGAGGACGAUAUGAUCGAGGAGCAACAGCAGGAGAGCUCUGAUGAUAAAGUGGAGUCGGAUGACACGUCGAUUGCAUCGGAGUCGAUGUUGCAGACCCCCACGAAAGGGGAGGUGGAAACGAGAGUCGUUGAGAGGGCAUACGAAGAACCAGACAGAAGGAACAAAGUGGAGAGCGAUAUGCGCAAGGCACUUGACUGGAUGCAGCGAGACGUGGAGAGACAGGCUCGUGAGAAUCGAGUGGUUCAAGAGACAUUAGCACGCGCCAUCCACGAUAUUACCGAAGUCAUUGCAGAUUUCGUGGAUAAAGAGGCUGCUAAUGUUAUACUACGUACUGCUGCUGCAGCGACAGGGAUAUCUCCCGAGCGGGACAACAAUGCAGUCAUGCUACAGCUAGCACCAGACAAAGUGGAUGAGCUUGUUGGUCUAUGGGACGACGCUUUGGUAUCUUGGAGAGAGCAGAACCUUGUGAAGAAACAAGAACUUGUGGAAAGGUUUAAGCACUUUGAGGAAGAGUGUCUCGCACGGAUGAAAGCUGGUGAGGCGUCGCACAGAUUGGAACAAGAACGGCUGAUACUCGAGGCUAACCAACAGCAAAUGAUAUACGAAGACUACACGAGUAGUCUUAGGCAAAAGCUCGAGAGUGCUAACUGCAUGAUCGAGUCUCUACAAGCUCAGAAUACUGAUCUGUCAUUUCAACUGGUCGAAGCUGCAAAUGUUCACGUAGUGUCUUCUGAUGCGGCCACUGAGACCGACGACCAGUUGUUGGAUUCCUCGGUUCGUCUAAAGACAUUAGAGCUCUACGCUUUACGCUGUGAAGUAGCACUAAAAGAGCAAGUGCAGCGUGCAAACGAACUAGAAACUCGAUUAUCGAUGCUGCUAGAGGAGUUUGAAGCGCAAAAGCACCAACAAGAACCUCCUCGUGCGGCACAUAGCGAAACCGUAGAAACCUAUCAACAGAGACUGAACCUACUUGAAGGUCGAAUGCAAGACGUACUGCAACAAGUAGCCUGCGAUCACGAGCAGUUCGAGUAUGAACAAGCGAAGUGGGCACUGGAGAAACGACAUCAUCGUGAAAAAUACGACGAGGUGCUGGACGCCAGUGUGAAAGUGCUCAAAGUGCUGAUUAUUCGGGAGAAGCUGAUGAAAAAGAACGAACGAGCGCAGAAGAGGGACAGUGACCAAUGCCACGAGAAGCAGCUUGAGCUCGCUUGUCAGGCCGCAACAUUGCAGGGGAUAACAACCGAGCUGAUGCAACAAAGUGCGAUGGUACUGUUGGUAGUACAGCAACUCGCAAUGUUGAAGGCAAACACCUGCCAGAUCCACGACAAAUCCAGCACCUGGACGUUGCCAGCCAAGCCCGUGCAGAUAAAGAACAUGAUCAAACGCUUGAAGAAGAUCGAGGCUGCGUUAGGUCGACGCGACUGGAUGUCAAUCCCGCCAACGACAGCUUCGGCGUCUAGCUCGAGAGUCUGCCCAUUUCCAACGGCUUGA